UUUCUAGUUUGAGUUUGUGUGAUUGUUAAGAGAGCGAUAUGGUACGUAAGAGUGUCGGAACACUUAGUGUCUUCAUUUUGCUAGUCAUAGUGACAGCUGAAAGUCGAAAAAUCAAAGAUGAUGAAUUGUCUGGGGCCUUUGAAGGUGGUGGUUUUGGCGAUGGUCAAGGUGGGCCUGGUGGUGGCAUAGGAGGAGGAGUUGGUGGAGGUGACGGGGCAGAAGGUGGUGCUGGUGGAGGCGGUAAAGGAGGACAUGCAGUUGCAGGCGGUGGAGCUGGAGGCGGCACAGGAACUGGAUAUGGUGGUGUUAGAGGUGGAGUUGGUAAUGGCGGUGGCGUUGGAGAUGGUACAGGAAGCGGUGUUGGAGGUGGACACAAAGGUGGAGUUAGAGGUGGUGGAACCGGAGGCGGUGCUGGUGGUGGUAAAGGAGGAGGUGUGGGAGGUGGUGCUGAUGGGGGUUUAGGAGGAGGAGCUGGUGGUGUCGGAGGAGAACCUGGUGGCGGACAUGGUGGUGGUGUCGGAGGAGGAAGUGGUGGGGUUGGAGGAGGUGUAGGAGGGGGAGAUGGUGGUGCUGGUGGGGGCUCAGGCGACGGUAAAGAUAGAGGUGUUGAUGGCGGCAUUAGAGGAGGAGGAGGUGCUGGUGGGAGCACAGGAGGUGGUGCUGAUGGAGGCUUAGGUGGUGUAGGAGGAGGAUCUGAUGGUGGCAUUGGAGGAGGAGCUGGUGGAGACUGUGGAGGUGAAGGUGGUGGUGGUUGGGACUUUGGAGGCAUUGGAGUUGGUAGUGGUCAUGCAGGUAGCGAUGGAGAAAUUGGUGGUGGAUAUUAAUAUACGAUAUCUUAUGCUAUCAAUCAUGCAUGGAUGUAG